AUGUCUCACUUCAAGUAUCUCCCUCUUCCCACCUUCGACGACGAGUUCGCGCAGGAAGUUGAAGUCGACGAGCAAGAAAACAGCCCCAUCGACCGAGAUAUCAGAAUCGAGUUCGUCCAGAAUCCGCCCCAAGUUCAGGCCAAUGUUCCAAGUAACGAGGGCGAGGCCCCAGCGACAGUCGUGUAUAUCACCCACCCGGAUCCUGGACUCCGGGAAUUCAUAACCCAUUUGGUUUCGACCUACAAGUAUAUUCAACCGCCACCCUACCACAACGCCGAGAUGGACGAGCUCGUACGCUUUGGGACCGAGGGCGAUUUUAUGGUCGAUGGAGAGAGUAGGGACGAGAUAGAUCGGUCGUGCGCAGCCCUAACUCGUGUGCAUUGGCCGUUGUGGUGCUUCAUGCUGGUGGUGUGGCAACGUGGUCUGAGGCAAACAAAGGCGCCGAUCAAGUCGACCAAGCUCGCACUAUACCCGUUGACCACAUGGGUAAUGAUAGGGAUUGACGAUCAGUGUCGAGCUGGAGUAACUGCAGCGCGACGGUACAUAUAUGAGUUCGACUGGUGCGACAAGGGACGAUAA